CAUCAUUCUGAGAAAGCAGUUCUAAAGUAAAUGGUGGCAAAGUUGCUUUUGCCUUCACUCUCUUCCGCGGGGUUUAUUGCACUGUGCUCAUCCAGAGGCCUCCGCCCCAUCGCCACCUCCGCCGCCAUCAACACCACAAAGGCCGCCUCUGGUCAUCGCUUCCACACAAUCAGAGCCUCGUCUUCGUCCAGUUACAUACACCGAAAGAUGGAGUCGGAGUAUUACACAUUCGGACCUUACAAGAUUCACCACAAAGAAGUCUUCUACUCUACCGAUCUCUCCUACGCCAUGGUCAACCUUCGCCCUAUUAUUCCUGUACAUGUGCUUGUUUGCCCAAGGCGUGAAGUGAAGCGCUUUAUUGAUCUCACAGUUGACGAGACCAGUGAUUUAUGGCUUACAGCACAAAAGGUUGGCAGUCGGCUUGAAUACCACCACAAAGCAUCUUCACUUACACUUACAAUCCAAGAUGGCCCCCAGGCAGGGCAGACUGUUCCUCAUGUUCAUAUCCACAUCAUCCCACGUAAAGGUGGUGACUUCGAGAAAAAUGACGAAAUCUAUGAUGCUAUAGACGAGAAGGAGAAGGAACUAAAACAGAAGCUCGACUUGGAUAAGGAAAGGAAGGACCGCAGUCCUGAAGAAAUGUGUCAAGAGGCACAUGAAUACAGAUUGCUUUUCUCAUAGAUGUCUCAAUAGGCCGCUGUUGUAGCCACCAAUAAAUACGUAUGCCAAAGCAAUGGCUGUUUUGUGCCAUUGUACCAACUACUUCCAUAGUUGUACAUUGCUUUGGUUAUAGGGACACAGUUUAAUAUUUACUGGUGAUGCAAUAUAUAGUUUAUUCAGUUCCUAGCAAGUCACCUCCUAGCACAUUUGAUGAGUAUCUUGGCCAAUUGAAUAAUGAACUUAUUUUCAGAAAUAGGUUCAAGUAUAUUAUUAGAUUUUAAAUUUUCAGUUCGUUGGCAGUUGAGGUGCUUUUGGUUGUAUGUAACCUUCUUUCAGCAGCACAAAAGAGAUUGUAUUUUUUAUUUGCUUCAGGUGUAUUCCCUUGCUUUCAGCAUAUGUUUCUGUCACCACUAUGGUCUAUGGAGUACUUUGCUUUCCUCUCUC